CCCACCGGCGAGCAGCAGCUUCCAGCCCCUCCACCUCCACCUCCAGCCUCCACCUCCAGCUUCCAGCCAACAUGGGAGAACAGCCCAUCUUCAGCACACGGGCCCACGUCUUCCAGAUUGACCCGAGCACCAAGAAGAAUUGGGUUCCCACAAGUAAACACGCUGUCACGGUCUCCUACUUCUACGACAGUACCAGGAAUGUAUAUCGAAUCAUCAGCCUGGAUGGAUCUAAGGCCAUCAUCAACAGCACCAUCACCCCCAACAUGACAUUCACCAAGACGUCACAAAAGUUCGGCCAGUGGGCCGACAGCCGGGCGAACACAGUCUAUGGCCUCGGCUUCUCGUCUGAGAGUCUCCUGGUCAAGUUUGCAGAGAAAUUUGCUGAGUUCAAGGAGGCAGCGCGGGCAGCGAAGGAGAAGUCUCAGGAGAAGAUAGAGCUCGUCAGCAGCCCCUCCCAGGAGUCGGCCCCGGGUGACCUGCUGUCACCUUUGACCCCUGAGAGCAUCAACGGCACGGACGAAGACAGAGUCACACCAGAGCCACCGCCACCCGCUGAAGCCAGAGCAGAGCCUUCCCAGAAUGCACUGCUCUUCACACACAGUUCCAGUUCGACCAGCAUCAAUAAGCACUGGGAGGCGGAGCUUGAGGCCCUCAAGGGGAACAACGCCAAGCUGACAGCAGCUCUGCUCGAGUCCACAGCCAACGUCAAGCAGUGGAAGCAGCAGCUGGCAGCCUAUCAGGACGAGGCGGAGAGGCUACACAAACGGGUGACGGAGCUGGAGUGUGUGAGCGGUCAGACGACGGUCAUCAAAUCUCAGAAGACAGAACUAAACCGAACAAUCGAGGAGCUGGAGUUGGAUCUGAGGGCCAAAGAGGAGGAGUUGGAGCAACUUAAAGAAGAGGUGCAGAGUGCCCACGAGUUUCAGUCCCACAAAGACUCUCUCUCUCAGAAACUACAGGACUCGGAGUCGAGGAACCAGACGCUGGAGGCCCAGCUGAGCGACCUGGAGCAGCGGCUGGAGGGCAGCCAGCUGGAGAGAGAAGACUUUCGCACCAGCCUGCGCUCCCUGCUGGAGCUGCUGGACACCAAGAUCUUCGAGCUGACCGAGCUGCGGGACACGCUGGCCAAGCUCAUCGAGGGGAGCUAGACACACACACACACACAGACACACACAGACACACACACACACGCACGCCUCCACUUCCACCGACGUCAGCGCGGCAGCCUGUGUGGCCCGGAGAGUCGCUCUAAUGAAAGAAUUCACCUGCAUGUUGGCACUCACAUAAUCACAGACAUGUACAACAACUUGAAUUCUCUUCUCUUUCAGUUCCACAUGUAUACGAUACGUGUAAAAGAGUAUGUUUACACACUUUAUGCAUUAACGGUACACACAUUUUGCUACGUCCGCAUCGUUUACAAAGUGCGGGGGGGCUUCGCUCGGGACACGCCUUCCCUCCGCCCGCUCCACUCUGGAUUAUUCUCGACUUUGUGACCACACAGAAACUCUGAAUGAAUCCGUUUUUGGGGGAAUUUUUUUUGAAUAUCGUUCCGUUCGAGCAGACGUUACAUUUUCUUCCUGCUUUCUGCUCCUUUGUUCAUCACGACUUUUUUUCGGCUUCGCUUUGGUGAAGUUUUGUAAACAUCCGGAGCCUACGAUUGUUCCCAUUCUUCUUUUUUUUUUCUCUCUCUUCCUCACUUUUCUCAGCCACCGGGGGUCAUUGUCAGCCAAAUGAACACUGUCAAGAGUCGACACUGGCUUUUCUUACACCCUGAGAGUGAUCUCUUUUUUUCAUUAAUGAAACUCUGGAGGGUCGAAUGUGAUGAAGAGUUGCGUGCUGAUGUUCCUCCUCUGACUGAAAUCCACUGUUGGACCGCCAAAAAAAAAAAAAAGGCCAUGGAGGACUUGCAGUAUGUCUUAUAUUCUUAUACAAUAUAUGAGCAAUACAAAAAGGGAGCGUCUGAGGGUUAAUAAACACUUCCCACUCUCACUUUCAGGUAAUUUUACCCCUGUCUUGAUUAGACCACAAGGGAGGUGGGAUUUUAUGCAAUAGUUUUUCUUUCUAUCUAAUUUUUUUUUAAAGAAUAUUAUUGUAACAAAUUCAUAGUGCACUUGUAAAAAUGGGGUUUGUGUGUGUGGGUGAAUCAGAUGAUCUUGUUUUCUUUCCCUUAUUGUUUCUGUUGCUACUUGAAGUGCAAUGAUUUAAUCCUUUUUCUUCUUUUGUUAAUUUAUUACUCAAAGAACUGAGUUCGUUCUAAUGAUAAGCUGUACGAAAAAAGCAAAGAUCUUUAUUUACAUCUCCUUUUCACUUCAUCUUUUUCUAUAGUAUGGUACGUGGGUGUUGAGGUACUUUAGUUUUUGGAAAAACUGGCAAUAUUUUUGAACUAUUUAUCAGAGCAAAUGAAAAAAAAAAGCCAGGCGAAGGAAGUUCGAAUUUGCAAAGAAUCUGGUUUGUUUCUUUUGCCAAAUGACGUUUUCCUGUACAGAAUUUUUGCUGACUUUGCCUUUGGUACAGAGAUGCAUCAACGGUAGCUAGCUAGCGGUACUUUCUUUCUUUCGUGGGAUUUACUAUUGCCAAAAAUUCAGCGUCGCUGAGAGGAAGAGGGUCCGUGCACCUGAAGAACACUACUUAAGGGCUUGUUGUCGGUUCUGUUACAUUCGGGAGACUUGAACGAUUUUAGCAGUGACUUUAUCACGUUGACUCUUGCAGCUUGAAAUGGAGAAAAAAAAAACAUUUGAAUAAUACUUUUAAAUGUUGAUUAUACCACAUGAUU